GCGUCGUUUUAAGUGCGCUGAAUAAAAAGAAGAUCGAACAGGCUUUUCAUACGCAAUAGACACUUUACACGAAUUAGUAGAAAUACAGACCCGCGAAAUUAUUUUUAGUACGCUUCUAUCGUUACAAACGAAAUUGUGGUCGCAUCUAGUGUGUCGCAUCUGUGCGCGCGCCGGGUCGUUCGGAGUCGGCGCAUGCGCAGCGCGCGGGAGCGUUAUGUAAACCGUCUCUAUUUUGGCCCGGUUCUGUGGCGCUGGACUUUGGAGGACUUCGCUGGUCUGCGGUGGUUCUGCAUCGACUCUGAGAUGGUUUUAUCACCGGGACUCACAUAAACUCACGUCAAGUCUCCAGUAACGCCUCAGCAUCAUGCCGAUCAACUCCAUCCACUGGUUCAGGAAGGGUCUGCGUCUUCAUGAUAACCCGUCUCUCCUGGAGGCGGCCCGGGGCUCCCAGACGCUGCGAUGCGUUUACUUCCUCGACCCCUGGUUCGCCGGGGCCUCCAACCGAGGGGUCAACCGCUGGAGGUUUCUGCUGCAGUGUCUGGAGGACCUGGACUCCAGUCUUCGUAAACUCAACUCCCGUCUGUUUGUUAUCCGCGGCCAGCCGGCUAACAUCUUCCCGCGCCUCUUCAAGGAGUGGAAGGUGUCUCGCCUGACGUUCGAAUGUGACUCGGAGCCGUUCGGGAAAGAGCGAGACGCGGCUAUAAAGAAGCUAGCGUCUGAAGCAGGAGUGGAGGUGAUCACCAAGAUCUCACACACGCUGUACGAUCUGGACCGGAUCAUGGAGCUGAACGGGGGACAGCCGCCGCUGACCUACAAGCGCUUCCAGACUCUGGUGAGCAGCAUGGAGCCGCCGGAGCCUCCUCUAGAGCCUCUGACCCCAGAGCUGCUGAGAAACUGUGUGACGCCUGUCAGCGAAAACCACAGAGAGAGAUACGGGGUGCCCCUGCUGGACGAGCUAGGGUUCGACACGGAGUCUCUGUCUCCUGCUGUUUGGCCCGGAGGAGAAUCAGAGGCACUGAUGAGACUGGAGAGACACCUCGGACCAGACGCUGCUGCGGCGUGGCAGGAGAACUUUGAGCGUCCCAAGCUGAGCUCCAGUCCUCUUCUGGCCAGUCCUCUGGGUCUGAGUCCGUACCUGCGCUUCGGCUGUCUGUCCUGCCGUCUGUUCUUCUACAAACUCACUGAACUCUACAAGAAGGUGAAGAAGAGCGGCAGCCCGUCGAUCUCUCUCUACGACAAGCUCUUGUGGAGGGAGUUCUUCUACACGGCGGCCAGCAACAACCCCCGCUUCGACCGGAUGGAGGGGAACCCCAUCUGCAUCCGCAUCCCGUGGGACAGGAACCCCGAGGCUCUGGCCAAGUGGGCCGAGGCCAAGACGGGCUUCCCUUGGAUCGACGCCAUCAUGACCCAGCUGAGGCAGGAGGGCUGGAUCCAUCACCUGGCGCGGCACGCCGUGGCCUGCUUCCUGACCCGAGGAGAUCUGUGGAUCAGCUGGGAGGAGGGCAUGAAGGUGUUCGAGGAGCUGCUGCUGGACGCUGACUGGAGCGUGAACGCCGGCAGCUGGCUCUGUCACUCCUGCAGCUCCUUCUUCCAGCAGUUCUUCCACUGCUACUGUCCCGUGGGCUUCGGGCGCAGGAUCGACCCCAACGGAGACUUCAUCAGACGAUACUUACCUGUACUCCGAGAUUUUCCAGCCAAGUUCAUCUACGACCCCUGGAACGCUCCGGACGAGGUGCAGCGCGCCGCCAAGUGCGUGAUCGGCGUGGAUUACCCCAAACCCAUGGUGAACCACGCCGAGGCCAGCCGCCUGAACAUCGAGAGGAUGCGGCAGAUCUACCAGCAGCUCUCCAGAUACAGAGGACUCAGUCUCCUGGCGAGCGUCCCGUCUAACCACAUGGAGGUGGUGGGAGUCGAGGCUCAGGGAGCGGCAGCGCCACCUACACGCCGGAGGACCCCGAGCGGCACCUCCUCUCAUCCAGGGGUCAGGAGAGAGCAUCCCGGGCCGAGCGGAGCCAAACACCACGGAGCAAGACACCGUCACGCCCUCAGCCACCGCCCGUCGCCCUACGCCGCCCAGAGCGAGCUGACGGAGCACAGCCACGAGUUCGCCGUCCCACAGCAACCAGGGCGUCUGAUUUGGCCGGUUGGGGGCGGGACUGGAAAGAGAGAAAGGGAGGUGGAGCCUAGCGGUUGCCAUGGUGAUGACGGCACCACCUCCUCCACCUCAGAGCUAAAAGCCCAAGAUGGCGAGCAACGGGAAGGCGGGGAGGGCGUGGCCUUCUCUUCCUAAGCUCCACCCACUGAUGAUUCACAAAAUGUAUUAUAACCUUACCUCGCGUGUUAAACACAAACAAAGUAAUUUAAAACGAUUAAAUUAUUUGUCCAAUCAAAUUGUGGCAAAAAGGUCAUUUUAACAUUUUUAGGAAGUUUCUCAUAAAAUAUACAAUUAAAAAAAAAAAUCGAUUAUCCCAAAUAUUGAUUUUAAAAAUCAGAUGUAAAUAGUGUCUACUUUUAUCUUUUAAAGCAAGGUCCUUUCACGCCAAAGCCUAAGCGAAUCAGUGUAACGAAUCUUCUCCGGGUCGAACGAGAAGCUGAAUAUUUUAAUAACUCCACAUUUAUAUUUGCACUUGUAGUUGAAAACGAGAACCAGAGCUAAGGGUUCAGCAAGGUUUUCGGCAUAGACGGACCUUAAUAUAGGAGAACCCAAGUAAUCUCAAGCAGCCAAAGAAGAACACGCAUUACACCCCACUUAAACGGAUCCAGAUCGGCCUCACCUGCAGCCUCUGGAAGGGGUUUGGGUCCAAACUAUCUGAACUGUACCAGAUGAAUGAUUGUCUCGUCUGUAUAUACGACUGUAUUGUGCUCCAUGUGUCAGUGUUCGGUCGGCCCCCAGGUGUUUGACCUCAUCUGUCUUCCACCGCUGUACAUUAAGUUCACCUGUAAUCGUCUUCAUCUCUAUGUUCUCCAGUGUUUUGUAUUUGACAGCUGUAUCUUGUGGAGCUGUGCAUUUUUACCGCUUGUGUUUUGUUUUUCUAAAGAAUGCUAGUAGCUGUUUUGAAUUGUAAAAAUAUAUAUAUAUAUAAUGUAAAAUAGUACCAGCAUUUGUUUCUUAAGUCCGUGUGGUACUCAGCCAGCUAAUAAAACAAAUACUUCAACACAA